CAUUUCUUUGAGCUUUCUUCAUAAUUACUACUUUCUGUUGCCUCAACAUAUUUCAUUCUAUCUAUCAAUACUUUCACUUUUUCUGUUUCUCUCACUUCAACUUCACAAUACUAAGUUUCUCCAUCCAGUUUAUUUUUCACGGGAGAUUAUAGUCUCAAUUUGUUUUCUCACAUAUUUUACAGGUAGCCAUGGCAGAGCUGAUGGUUGUGGGAGCGUUUCUUACACCUGUCAUCCAAGUCAUUGUUGAGAGGGUUGCCUCAGGAGAUUACAAAGACAUCUUCAGCAAACGAUUGGUGAAUAAACUUGAAAUCACAUUGAAUUCUAUCAACAAAGUGUUGGAUGAUGCAGAGACAAAGCAGUACCAGAAUCCAAAUGUGAGGAUAUGGCUUGAUCAUAUAAAACAUGAGGUAUAUGAAGUAGAUCAGUUGUUGGAUGAGAUUGCUACAAGUGCACAACGAAAGAGCAAGGUUAAACACUUCUUUUCAUCUCUGACUAAUCAGUUUGAAUCUAGAAUAAAAGACUUGCUAGAUAAGCUAGAAUAUCUUUUGAAGCAAAAUGAUGUGUUGGGAUUGAAAGAAGGAACAUGUGCUCGUAAUGAAGUUGAAGUCGGUCUGAUAUCUUCGAAAAGACUACCAACGACGUCUCUGGUGAAUGAAUCUCGCAUAUGUGGUAGACAAAGUGAAAAGGAGAAAAUUAUCAGUUUCUUACUUUUAGACAAUGGUAGUAGUAGCAACCACGCACCAAUAAUCAGCAUAGUUGGUCUUGGUGGGAUGGGUAAAACCACCCUUGCUCAACUUGUCUACAAUGAACAGGAGAUUCAAAAGAGCUUUGAACUUAAAGCUUGGGUCUAUGUUUCAACUUCAUUUGAUAUUUUGCGGCUCACUAAAGAAAUUCUCGAGCAAUUUAAUUCUGCACCAAAUAGUGAAAGCUUGGAAAUACUCCAACGUCGAUUGGAAAAGACGGUAACAGACAAAAAAUAUUUGCUUGUUCUAGAUGAUAUUUGGAACGCAAAUGAGAAAAGUUGGGAGCAGUUACUAAUUCCCUUUAACAAAUGUUCUUCUGGAAGUAAGAUUAUUGUGACAACAAGAAGUAAAGAUGAUGCAUUAGCCAUGGAUUCUGCCAAGUUACUUGAACUAGCAAAAUUGGGGGAGAGUGAUUGUUGGAGUUUAUUUGUGACACAUGCUUUUCACGGAAGAAACGCGAGUGAAUAUCCAGAUCUUGAAUCCAUCGGAAGGCUGAUUGUAGACAAGUGUGGAGGGUUGCCAAUAGCAGUGAAAACAAUGGGGAACCUCUUGAGAAAAAAAUUCUCUAAAAGCGAAUGGGAGAAAAUAUUGAAGACUGAUAUGCGGUGUUUAUCAGAGAAAGACAGUGACAUAAAUCCAGUAUUGAGACUGAGUUACCAUAAUCUUCCUUCAAAUUCGAAGCGUUGUUUUGCAUACUGUUCCAUAUUUCCCAAGGGUUAUGAGUUUGACAAGAAUGAGUUAAUCAAAAUGUGGAUUGCAAAUGGUUUGUUGAAUUCCUACAAAAGUAACAAAAGUAAAGAAGAGUUGGGUAGUGAGUUAUUUGAUGAUCUUGAGUCAAUUUCAUUUUUCCAAGUAUCACUAUAUUUUGAUGGUCGUUUUGUCAUGCAUGAUCUUGUCAAUGACUUGGCAAAAUCAGAGUCUCGAGAGUUUUGCUUACAAGUGAAGGAUGAAAAUAUGCAAGAUAUAUCUAAAAGGACACGCCACAUUUGGUGUUCUCGUGAUUUGAGAGUUGGCGAUGGGAUACUAAAACACAUUUAUAGAGCUAAGGGAUUACACAGCUUGUUGGUAGAAUCUCGAGAUGGUGGCGAAAGCUUCAUGAUAAGCAAUAAUGUGCAAUGUGAUAUGUUUUCAAAACUAAAAUAUUUGCGGAUGUUGUCGUUUUGUUGUUAUGGUUUUCCAUUUGAAAAUAUAGAACUUGCAGAUGAGAUAGGCAGUUUAAAUCUUUUGCGUUAUUUAGACCUGUCUUGCACAACAAUUAAAAGGUUGCCCGACUCUAUCUGUAAGCUUUAUAACUUAGAGAGACUGGAAUUGAAAAGUUGUGGUAAUUUGACUGAAUUUCCUUUAGAUUUUUACAAACUUGACCGUUUACGCCAUCUUAAUCUGGAAGGAGCUGCAAUAAAGAAGAUGCCAAAGAACAUAAGGAAACUAAACCGUCUACAAACGUUGACUAACUUUGUUGUGGGAGAGCUGAGUGGGUUUAAUAUUGGGGAGUUAGAAAGUCUCAAUCUUCUUCAAGGAAAACUUUUUCUUUCAGGAUUGAACAAUGUCACGGAUCCAACACAUGCCAUAAAGAGCCGUUUGCAAGAUAAGAAGUUUUUAGAAGAAAUACAUAUGAUAUUUGAUGGUUUAGUAGUGGAAAGCCAUGUGUCUGUAUUGGAUGCCCUUCAACCAAAUAACAAUCUAAAGAGGCUCACUAUUCAGAACUACAAUGGAAAUAUGUUUCCGAAUUGGCUAACGGGUUAUGAUUUACCCAACUUAAUAUCUCUUAAACUGCAGAGCUGUAAAGGAAUAAGGAUAUUUGGAAAUAACGCAAAAGAUGUUCCAUUCAAGUUCCUUGAAGUUUUGGAAUUUGACUCCUUGUCUGAAUGGGAGGAAUGGUUAUGUAUUGAAGGGUUUCCCCUGCUUAAAGAGCUUUACAUAAGAGAUUGUCCAAAAUUGAAAGAAGGAACAUAUGCUCGUAUUGAACUUUCAGAAAGAGUGCCAACGUCUUCUUUGGUGGAUGAAUCUAGCAAAUGUGGUAGAUAUGGUGAAAAAGAGGAAAUUAUCAGUUUCUUACUUUUAGACAAUAAUAGUAGUAGUAGCAACCAGGUACCAGUAAUCAGCAUAGUUGGUCUUGGUGGGAUGGGUAAGACCACCCUUGCUCAGCUUGUCUACAAAGACCCCAGGGUGCAACAGAACUUUGAUCUUAAAGCUUGGGUCUAUGUUUCAGAAUCAUUUGAUGUUAUUAGACUCACUAAAGCAAUUCUCGAGUCAUUUGGUUCUUCACCAAACACUGAAAACCUAGAUCGACUCCAAUGUCAACUGCAGGAAAAGAUAGCAGGAAAGAAUUGUUUGCUUGUUCUAGAUGAUAUCUGGAAAGUAGACUGGGAAAGUUGUGAAAGGUUACUAAGUUUCUUUAACGAAGGAUCUUCUGGAAGUAAGAUUGUUGUAACAACACGAAAUAAGAAGAAUGCAUCAGCCAUGGAAUCUAAGUUUUUUGAAUUAUUUCAAUUGGGAGAGAUUGAUUCUUGGAGUUUAUUUGAGAGGCAUGCUUUUUCAAACAAAAAAGGGAGUGAAUAUCCAGAUCUUGAACCAAUUGGAAAGAGGAUUGUACGCAAGUGUGGAGGGUUGCCAUUAGCCGUGAUAACAAUGGGGAAACUCUUGAGAGCGAAAUUCUCUCAAAGUGAAUGGAUUGAAAUAUUGGAGGAUGAUAUGUGGGGUUUAUCAGAGAAAGACACUGGCAUAAAUCCAGUAUUGAGAUUGGGUUACCAUAACCUUCCUUCCAAUUUGAAGCCUUGUUUUGCAUACUGAUCCAUAUUUCCC